CAGUGAAUUUUUUUCAUCUUUGGGGUUUAGGAUGAAGAACGGAAAAACAUCAAAGUUGAGGUUAAAGAGGAAGAAGAAGAGAGGUUGGUGAGUGGAGAUCAGCAGUCUAUGGAGGAGGGGGAGAUGAUUAUGGAAAGUAAACAGGAGGAAUCUUCUCUACAUAUAGACACAAGAGGACACAAUGUCCGGAAUUCCUCUGAGGAACAUCUCAUUGUAUCUCCAGAUUAUAAAGCAGAAGAUAAUAACAUUGUACAAUAUUCUCCAGGAGGAAAUCCCGUUACUCCAAAUAUACAUCCCAGACCUUCCCAAUUGGGGGGAUCAAUGGAUCCCUCUAAUCCUGAGGAAUCUUCUGACGGAUCACACACCAAGACUAUAGGAUCUCACAGUACAGAUACUUCAAUAGAUCCGUCUAUUCCCGAGGAAUCUUUAAGCCACGAAAGAGUUCCCACAGAAGAGAGUUCAUUGUCAUGUUCAGAGUGCGGGAAACUUUUUAGUGAAAACAGAGAACUUCUUAGACACCAGAAAAUCCACAGAGGUGGCCUUCUCUAUUCAUGUUCAGAGUGCGGGAAAUAUUUUGAUCGUAACUGUAAACUUGUUGAGCACCAGAGGAUUCACACAGGUGAGCAUCCUUAUUUAUGUUCAGAGUGCGGAAAGUCUUUCAUUCAGAAGGGAAACUUUGUUAAACACCAGAGAAUUCACACAGAUGAGCAUCCCUAUAUAUGUUCAGAGUGUGGGAAAUGUUUCCCUAGGAAAGAUUUACUUGUAAUACACCAAAAGAGUCACAAGAAGGAGCGCCCUUAUUCAUGUUCAGAGUGUGGAAAAUGUUUCAGUGAGAAAGGAGAACUACUUAUACACCAGAGAAUUCACACAGGUGUACGUCCCUAUUCAUGUUCAGAGUGUGGGAAAUGUUUCACUAGGAAAAGUUCACUUGUAAUACACCAAAAGAGUCACAACAAUGAGCGCCCUUAUUCAUGUUCUGAGUGUGGGAAAUGUUUCACUAGGAAAGAUUCACUUGUAAUACACCAAAAGAGUCACAAGAAUGAGCGCCCUUAUUCAUGUUCAGAGUGUGGAAAAUGUUUUAGUGAGAAAGGAGAACUCCUCAUACAUCAGAGAAUUCAUACAGGUGAACGUCCCUAUUUAUGUUCAGAGUGUGGGAAAUGUUUUACUAGGAAAGGUUCACUUGUAAUACACCAAAGGAAUCACACGAAUGAGCGCCCUUAUUCAUGUUCAGAGUGCGGGAAAUGUUUUGGUCGUAAAUUUCAAUUUGUUGAGCACCAGAGGAUUCACACGGGUGAGCAUCCUUAUUUAUGUUCAGAGUGUGGAAAGUCUUUUACUCAGAAGGGAAACCUUGUUAGACACCAGAUAAUUCACACAGGUGAGCGUCCCUAUUCAUGUUCAGAGUGUGGGAAAUCUUUCACUCAUCAAGGAGACCUUGUUAGACACCAGAGAAUGCACAAGGGUGAGCGUCCGUAUUCAUGUUCAGAGUGCGGAAAGUCAUUCACACAGAAUGGAAACUUAGUUAAACACCUGAGAAAUCACACUGGUGAGCGUCCUUAUUUAUGUUCAGAGUGCGGAAAGUCUUUCACUCUGAAGGGAAACCUUGUUACACACCAGAGAAUUCACACAGGUGAGCGUCCCUAUUCAUGUUCAGAGUGCGGAAAAGGUUUUGAUCGUAAAUGUAAACUGGUUGAGCACCAGAGAACUCACACGGGUGAGCAUUCCUAUUCAUGUUAAGAGUGCAGGAAUACUUUCACUCAUCAAGGGGACUUUGUUAGACGCCAGAGAAUUCACAAGGGUGAGCGUCCUUAUUCGUGUUAAAAUGCGGAAAAUCAUUCACACAGAAAGGAAACUUAGUGGAACACCUGAGAAUUCACACGGGUGAGCGUCCUUAUUCAUGUACUGAGUGCGGGAAAUCUUUCAUUCAGAGAGGAGCCCUUGUUACACAUCAGAGAAGACACGCCGCACAACGUUCUCAAUGCGGUCAGACUGCAGGAAAUAAUUAGACAUCAAAGGCACCUUCCUAUUCUUUUGACAAAUAUUCAAUGGUUGUUACUGCUGGAACUGUUACAUCCAUAGAACAACUAUAGGAAGAAACUAUUUAUUUUAUAAAGGGGGCAUCCUGGGAAAUGUUAUUAUAAAUUUGUAGGAGGAGCUUCUCUUGGCUUCUCGUAUUUCUUGGAGACUCAAGUGAUGAGAUGUUCCUGAUACAGUUUCUGCCCCCACUUUCCGGUAUCCCCAUUCCCCUUUUUUCAUAUUGCAUAUUGUGAAAUAAAAAUACAGCACAGGGAGUGGUAGCCCCUCAUUAUAAAUGUAGCACUACCCCCGAAGGAGCUGCUGGUUUAGAUUUGGGCCUGCCGUUACCUUACUGUUCCAUACACUCGUUGCAGGGGUUGUCAUUGAAGAGUUGUCCAUAAGAAUGUAUGCACCAACACGAAGUCUCUUUUAAGGGUUUUAAUAAAGUUCACCAACAGAGGGGUAGAGGGACAGGGAAAGACUCAGGCACUUCCACUUUGCGGAUCACGGGUACCACUUUGAUCCAGAGGAUUAACCCAGCUCCACACUGGAUUGUAGCGACCACCAGAU